AUGUUAUGUAAAUUUGGAUUAGAAGCAUUUAAUGGAUCAAUUGCUAGUUUAGCAGCAAAUCGUUAUGAUCGAGAUGCAUUCAAUAGUAGUAUUGCAGCACGAACAUUUGAAAAAGUCGGUUUAUUAGUUGGUCUUAAUCAAGCAUGUCAACGUAUUGGAUCGAUGUUAAUAGCAUCAUUAAUAAAACGUUGGUCAACACGAACUGUUUUAUCAAUAUCAAUAUUUAGUUUUGCUUUAUUUAAAGCAAUACUUAUGAUAAUUGAUGUAGCAACAGGAGGGAAAAUAAAACCAUCAAAUUCUCGAGCAAUGCAUGAAAAUGAUUAUAGUUAUUGUUGGAAAUUAUCCAACAGCUAUAAUUAUUCCAAUUUAUUGUGUAACAGGUAUUGUUAG